UCCCUGCAUGUACUCCUACCAGACCCGUUUCUUCAACAUCAUAUAUCACUCAGGACCUCUCAAUCGCUAUCGCACGGUAUAAUCCUGUCGAGUCUUAACGACAACACAAUCGUUUGGCAAACUUCGAUCGCUUGGUGAUUCACUCCGCCGAAAACUAAUACACAAACCUCUCGCUAUUUAUCGUCGUGGUAAAGUUACCGGUCAAAAUGAGAGUAGCUCAGAUCUUGGCUCCCGUUGUUGGGUUGUUCGCCGUUGCGAACGCUUGGGGUGAGACCGCAGUUUGGACGACUGUUGUGGAAACUGACUACACUACCUACUGCCCCGCCGCCACUACCUUCGCAUGGCAGAAUGUGACUUACACUGCUACAACAGCAACCACCCUCACCAUCACGAACUGCCCUUGCACCAUCACCUACUCUACUCCUCCUACCACUUUCACCUCUUAUCCCACAUCAAUUCCCCUCUCCACUGGAUCUGUUGGCACAACCUCUUACACCUACUCCAAUGGAAGCUCGACUGUUAUCACCUACACGCCAUCGGUCUCAACUUACCUCUCUGGAACUGUCCCCAUCACCGCCACCACACCGGUAGUCCCGACUAACACUCCCGUCGGACCCACUAGCACCGGCCCCGUAGUGAUCCCUACUGCUGCUGCCGACAAGAUUGGACCUGUCGGUGCUCUGCUCGCCGCCGGUAUUGCUGCUCUUGCUCUGUAAACAGAGUAAUACAAGACCACUAGUACUAUUGCGUUUUGCAGAUACCCCUUUUCCGUUUCUCUAAUACAUGGGCGACUAAUAACCCCCUAAUUUUUGGAAGGUGCCGUUUUUGGGAUGGCUGGCAUUUUUGGAGGCUGGAAGGCUUUGCAUACCCGUUCUAUACCCUCAUUGAACCGAGCAUGAUUUGGACGCUUGGAUACGUUAUUACGAUGGAUGCCUUUGACGAGAUAAUGUGGGCUGCAUAGGAGCAAACGGAGUUUAUAUGCUGAGGCUCACAUUGGGUGGACUAGGAGGAAUCGCAUCUACUAUAUUAAUUCUGCGUGUAUGUACGCAUCAAUAUUGUCUAAUUUUUGAUGCCGGCACGCUCGGAACCACGCUCCCUGAAAAAAAUCGAGAACCCGGUAUCCGGGCGUCUGAAGUCUGAAGAUGGAACGUAUAUAGACCGAAGGACAUAAUAAACAUUGAAGUUGAAUUUAA